UUUGGGUUUUGGUUUCUUUUUCUAGAUGGGAACCAGUGCAGUUCAAAUCCUUGUCACUAUGGUGGCCACUGUAAAGAUGGACUUGGUUCCUACACUUGCACAUGCUUGGAUGGUUAUCAAGGCAAGAACUGUGAAUUUGUCAUACCAAAGUUCUGCAGAAUAAACAACGGGGACUGUGAGCAGUUCUGCAGCGUCCGAAGAGAUGGGCGGAAGGAUGUGCUGUGUUCCUGUGCAGAUGGGUACCUUCUAGCAGAGGAUGGCAAGCACUGUGUUGCAGCAGUAAAAUACCCUUGUGGAAAAGUUUCUGUGGUGAGGAAAAAAAGGUCUGUUCUUUCACCCACUGACCAUAGCAGUAGAAUGAGUGAUCAAGAAGACCCUGCUGCAAAUGAAAUGAGCACAGAGGAGUACUUUGCAAUUACCACAGAAAGCCCAACGCCUGCACCUGACAACAGAACCAGCAGCAAGACUCCGUAUGUUGAUACCAGGAUAGUUGGUGGGGAUGAGUGUCUUCCUGGCCAGUGCCCAUGGCAGGUGAGUGGAGGGUGCUUUGCCCUGCAUGUGGGCAGAGGGUGUCUCUGAGGGAAGGGGAGCAGU